AUGAACGAUAAGAAACCCCACGUAGAGCUUAGAUUACAAAAGGUAGUUUCUGGGUUUAACUCUGCAAUAUUUCGGGCAACUUCAAGCACCACAACUACAACCAACACACAGAAUACAGAUGGUGGCCAAGAUCUCUACGUUCUAGGCGGGGCUAGGCGGGCUAGGCUGGGGCAAGGGUCGCUAGGCGGUCUAGGCGGGCGACAUGAGGGUAUAUGCAGAUGGUGGCCAAGAUCUCUGUGUUUCUGGGCGGGGGCUAGGCGGGCUAGUGCAGGUGCCAAAGACUGGAAACGGCAAGAAAAAAGGCUCAACCCCUUAACAAGGAAGGAUAGAUUAUCAUCAGCAAGAUGUUUCUCCGUGGGGAUUCAGUUAUCAUUGUUCUUAGGAGUAUUAAGUGAGGUAGGUCCUAAAAUGAAGGAGCUGAAAGAAAAUAUUAAAGUUCGAACUUACGCCCUCAUCUUGGAAGGACUUGUUCCAUCAGCACCACCAACUAUUGAUCUUGACAUCUGA